GCCAACAUAAGCGAGUUGGUGAUGAGAUAAUAUUACAAUGUGUCACGUUUCUUCUAAUAGUACUUCUGGGGGAUGAUAGUUUCAAUAUUAUAAUUUAAUUAAGUUUUUUUGUUGUAGUGAUUGGUGACUAAAUUGUUCAAAAUGAAUAAAAUUGCAAGGAUACCGACACGCUACGCCAUAGCAAUAAUGAUUUACAUGAGCGUCUUGGUAUGCUACGCUAUGAGGGUCAACUUGAGUGUAAAUAUUAUUGAGAUGGUACCAGUUGUCGCUAAUGGUACCAACGCUGAGAUAAAAGAAACGCUUGGUUGGUCUGCCUACGAACGAGCAACAGUUUUAGGAGGAUAUUCCUGGGGUUUUAUCGCAUCUAACAUUCUAGGUGGACUUGUAGUUCAAAAACUGGGUCCAAGAAACACUAUACUACUGAGUCAGCUGGGAUCAGCAAUACUUACCUUUUUAAGUCCAUUGUUUGCCAAGAUCAGCUUUCUUGCCUUGACAAUAACAAGAAUCGUGCUUGGGUUUCUAAGUGGUUUUAUUUUUCCUGCCAUUGCAGGAUUGAUUGCUAACUGGGCUGUUCCAAACGAGAGAGGAAAAUUUUCAGCAGCUGUUAUUGGAGGGACCAUUGGUACUGUGGUCGCGUGGUCUACCCUUGGUGUAAUUAUUGAGAACUACGGAUGGGAGUGGGGGUUCUACUCGUUUGGAAUUGUCGGAGUGAUAUUCUGCUUGCCGUGGGCUUACAUAGUAUAUGAUACUCCUUAUAACCAUCCACGGAUCGAAGAAGCAGAAAAACUGUAUAUCCAGGAUGGUAUACCGAAAAAUAACACGGCUAAACCUCUACCACCAUAUUGGCGAAUUCUUACUAAUGUGCCUUGUUUGGCUAUAAUCAUACUUGCAUUUGGAAAUAGCUGGGGAGUUUACUUUAUUCAAAACGCUGCACCAUUGUUUAUAUCAAACGUAUUGCAAUACAAACUGGGCGGAACAGGACUCGUUUCAUCUUUAACAUACAUUAUGAGAAGUAUAGCUGCUUUCCUAUUUGGUAUAAUUGGAGAUUUCAUUUUGAGAAGAAAAAUUAUGUCAGUGAAUACGCUAAGAAAAUCUUCGGUAACCUUUUCGCAUGUAUUACCUGGAUUAUUGUUAUUAGCAUUAACUACAACUUCAGAUCCGCUGGUAGCUGUAACUUUGAUGAUCACUUCUAUAGGUUUUAAUGGGUCUGCAGUCCUGAAUGUUACAGUCAACUGUUAUGAUUUGACGCCAAAUUUUGCUCCAGCUACUUUUGGAUUGGCUACAGGUAUUGGUGCUAUUUCUGGAAUUUUAACACCGCUAGUAGUCGCUCAUUUCACCAAAGAAGAUGAGACUAGUUUGGAUAGCUGGAAACCAGUGUUUUACAUUGGAUCAGGAAUAUACGUGUUUUCUGCAAUAAUUUACGUUUUGUUUGGCUCAACUAAAGUUCAAGCGCUGAAUGAAGUGAAAAACGAAGAGUACACAGACAAAAAGACAGAAAAAGUUUAGAAAAAUAAAAGUUAAAAUUUAUAGUUUAA